AUGGCAGAUGGUCAGAGCGCGUCGCAGCCGCCCCAUUCGGAUCGCGAUAUUCCGUCCCGACCGCCGCUGAAGGCGCUCGGCGCACAGACGGGCGGUGCAAAGCCCGUGGAGGGAGCUUCGUGCAACGGCGUGGUGAUCGGUGAGGGCACGCGGCAGUCGGAGAACAAAGGGCACGAUGGCGAUGGGGCGAGCGCGAAAGAUAGGGAUACGGAUGGCGUGCGCGAGGCAGUGGAGGCGGAGAGCGUGAAGACGCGCGCGCGGCCGAGCGGCAAGGUGGUGCAUAUGGCGCGCGCGGACCUCGUCGACCUCGCGGAUCUCGACCGCGCGCUCGAUCGCGCGCUGUCCCGCCGAGAAAAGCCCGCCGCUGCCGUUCAAGCCGCAGGCGCGGCGGGGAAGGGUGGCGGCAGCGACGCGGAUAAGCUGGGGCACGGACCGCAAGCCGAGGGAUCGGAACGACCCAAGUGGGAGAUCGACGUGAAGAAAGUAGUGCUGAGAAAACUAAUCGCUAAUGGCACGUUCGGCACCGUGUAUCGAGGCACUUACCAAGGAAAGGACGUUGCAGGUGCGCCCCCUUUUCCUCACUUGCCCCUUUCCCCCCGUGCUCCUUCCCGCCCUUGCCGCGACCCGCUUCUCGCGCCGUUGCUCGCGAAGCAACGUCGUGCGUGGCGGUUCGAGAGGUGUCUGAAGGUGCUGGACUGGGGAGAGGAGGACACCAUGUCGCGCAUGCAGCUCGACAAGCUAAGGCGCGCGUUCAAGCAGGAGGUCACGGUGUGGAGCGACCUCUCGCACCCCAACGUCGCGCAGUUCGUGGGCGCGUCCGUGGCGGACCAGGGCGGGUUCAUGAUCCCGUCGUUCGACCGGUCGCGCGGAGGGCACAAGGGCGACAUCCGCGUGGAGGGCAGCCUGUGCUGCCUGGUGGUGGAGUACGUGGCGGGCGGCACGCUCAAGGACUACCUCAUCGCCAACCGCCGCCGCAAGCUGCCUCUGCGCACCGUCGUGCAGCUCGCCUCCGACAUGGCCAAGGGGUUGGAGUACCUGCAUGCACACGGGGUGGUGCACCGGGACAUCAAGUCGGAGAACAUGCUGCUCACAGCCAGUCGCCGCGUCAAGGUGGCGGACUUUGGGGUGGCGCGCAUAGAGGCGGAGAACCCCAAGGACAUGACGGGCGCCACCGGCACUCUUGGCUACAUGGCCCCCGAGGUGCUGGACUGCAGGCCGUACAACCACCGUGCUGAUGUGUACAGCUUUGGCAUCUGCCUGUGGGAGAUCUACUGCUGUGACAUGCCCUUCCCCGACCUCGACUUCAAGGAAAUGGCCGCGGUAGUCAAUAAGGGUCUGCGCCCCACCAUCCCUGGAAUCUGCCCGCGGGACCUGAGCAGAAUCAUGCAGCGCUGCUGGGAUGCUGACCCCAGCAAGCGGCCCGACAUGGGGGAGGUGGUGACGCUGCUGGGGAAGGUGGAUCUGAAGCGCGGCAAGGGCAUGACUCCCAUCUAUGACAUGCCCAAUGAUUCCAUCUCCUGCUGCUGGGUCACAUGA